CCUGCUCACGCCUCCCCCGGGCUGGACGGGCCGGGAGCUGCGCGUCCCCACACUCGCCGGCAGGGCGCGAAUAAAUCAUGCGGCCCGCGGCGCGGGCGCCGUCCAGGAUGGGGAGGAAGCGCAGCAGGGGCACGGAGCCGCUGCAAGGAGCUGGAGUUUCCCCCCCGGGGGCGUUGCUGAGCUGGGAGUCGGACUCUGUGGAGACGAUGCUGGGACGCUGGGUUUAGCCGGAAAUAGUGAAUAAAGCCACUGUUUCCCCUACUUGGAGUAACGACCAGUACAGAAGAAGCAGGAUGAAAAGAUGGCUGACUUCUUGUUACCACCAGGUUCUAAUAGCUUCCACCGAUUCACGCCUGAAUCCUUGGCUGCUAUUGAGAAGCGAAUUGCAGAGAAACUUGCAAGGAAUGCCAAGCAGGAGUACAGAGAUCAGCCAGAUGAUGAAGAAAAGCCUCAGCCACAGUUUGACUUACAAGCUGGCAAAAAGUUGCCUGAUAUCUACGGGACUCUUCCUCCAGAGUUCAUUGGGGAACCACUGGAGGAUCUUGACCCUUACUACAAUGACCACAAGACAUUUAUAGUCCUGAACAAAGGGAAGACAAUCUUUCGAUUUAGUGCCACUCCUGCCUUGUAUAUACUUAGUCCUUUCCAUCCAGUCAGAAGAGCAGCAAUUAAAAUUUUGGUACAUUCAUUGUUCAGUAUGUUUAUUAUGUGCACUAUUUUAACCAACUGUGUGUUCAUGGCACAAUCGGAGGUUCAAUCAUGGAAUAAAUAUGUUGAGUACACUUUCACUGGCAUUUACACUUUUGAAUCAUUGAUAAAAAUAUUGGCAAGAGGAUUUUGUAUGACAGAAUUCACCUUCCUUCGAGAUCCAUGGAAUUGGCUGGAUUUCAGUGUCAUUGUUAUGGCAUACAUAACUGAAUUUGUGGACCUGGGCAAUGUCUCAGCCUUACGAACGUUCAGAGUACUUCGGGCGCUGAAAACAAUCUCGGUCAUUUCAGGACUGAAGACCAUCGUAGGUGCACUUAUCCAGUCUGUUAAGAAACUUGCUGAUGUGAUGAUCCUGACCGUUUUUUGCUUGAGUGUCUUUGCCCUUAUAGGCCUCCAGCUCUUUAUGGGCAAUUUGAGACAUAAGUGUGUCAGGAACUACACUGAAUUUAACUCUACCAAUGGCACCUUUUAUUCAGGCGUUCAAAAGUGGAACUCCUUGGAUGAUUUUCUUAAUGACCCAGAAAACUACUUCAUAAAAAAUGGCACUUCGGACGCACUACUCUGUGGCAACAGCUCAGACGCUGGCACGUGUCCAACGGGAUAUAGAUGCCUAAAGGCUGGUGAAAAUCCUGAUCAUGGCUAUACAAGCUUUGAUACUUUUGGCUGGGCCUUUCUCUCUUUGUUCCGCCUGAUGACACAGGAUUACUGGGAGCGUCUCUAUCAACAGACUCUGAGAUCUGCUGGGAAGAUCUACAUGCUCUUUUUUAUGCUGGUCAUCUUUCUGGGCUCAUUUUAUCUGAUCAACUUGAUCCUGGCUGUAGUGGCCAUGGCUUAUGAAGAGCAGAACCAAGCCACUAUUGCUGAAACAGAGGCAAAGGAAAGGAAGUUUCGAGAAGCCAUGGAAAUAUUAAAGAAAGAGCAGGAGGCACUGGCUGCUAGAGGAAUUGAUUCAAUGUCACUUAGCUCAUUUGAAAUGUCACCUUUAGCAUCCAAAAAUGCCAAAGAGAGAAGAAAUAGGAGAAUGAAAAAGAAGUCCUUGGGCAUAGAAGAUUAUGGGGAAGACCAAAAGGUUCCCAAAUCUGAGUAUGAUGGUGGUCAGCGAAGAAUGACUCUCCUUGACAUUAGCUAUGGUCCAAAUGCAAACUCAGUGAAGCGCAGAGCCAGCCAUGGAAGUAUAUUCAGUUUCCGAUUCCGUGGCAGAGACAUUGGAUCCGAAACAGAUUUUGCCGACGAUGAGAUCAGCGCUGCUGGGGAAAAUGAAAGCCAGCGUGGCUCACUCUUAAUUCCAAGGAUUGGGAGACGUUCAAGCAUGCAAAGUCAAGCAAGCCAUAGCUCUCACCCUGCUACUCCAAACUACAUGCAGAAUGGCAAGAGGAACAUCUCAGUGGAUUGCAAUGGUGUGGUUUCCUUGAUAGGAGGGGGCACCGGGGUACACAACCCAGACAUAACGUCUCCUUCAGGGUUACUUCUGCCCUCAGUUAUUAUGGAAAACCCUGGGACAGGUGAUGUGGCCUCUCCAUCUGAUGAGGCAAGCAAGAAGCAGCUUUUGAUGCCCCAUCGCCUUUCAGUGGACCAUUGUGACCAGCCAUUUCAAAGACAACGAGCAGUGAGUGCAGUCAGUAUCAUUACCAGUGCCAUGGAAGAGCUUGAGGAAUCACAACAGCGAUGUCCUCCAUGCUGGAAUCAUUUUGCCGUUAAAUUUCUCAUUUGGGAUUGCUGUCCAUUGUGGUUGUUAAUCAAGAAACAUGUAAAGUUUGUGGUAAUGGAUCCAUUUACUGACCUCACAAUCACCCUUUGCAUUGUGAUGAAUACUCUCUUCAUGGCCCUGGAGCAUUACAAGAUGACAAAGGAGUUUGAUGAUAUGCUUUACAUAGGCAAUCUGGUCUUCACUGGGAUUUUUACAGCAGAAAUGAUCUUCAAAAUAAUUGCCUUAGAUCCCUACUACUAUUUUCAGCAGGGCUGGAACAUUUUUGACAGUAUAAUUGUUAUCCUAAGCCUAAUGGAACUGGGUUUAUCCAGCAUGGGAAAUCUGUCUGUUUUACGCUCAUUCAGACUGCUGAGAGUCUUCAAAUUGGCAAAGUCCUGGCCAACCUUAAAUACUCUCAUUAAAAUCAUUGGUAACUCAGUGGGUGCCCUGGGUAACCUCACCCUGGUUCUGGCGAUCAUAGUCUUUAUUUUCGCUGUGGUAGGAAUGCAGCUUUUUGGAAAAGACUACUUGCUAAAAGUCAACAAGAUAAGCACUAAUAACAAUUUGCCCCGCUGGCACAUGAACGAUUUCUUCCAUUCAUUCCUUAUUAUAUUCCGAAUUCUCUGUGGAGAAUGGAUUGAAACCAUGUGGGAUUGUAUGGAAGUAGCUGGGCAACCAUUGUGCCUUCUCGUCUUCUUGCUGGUCAUGGUGAUAGGAAACCUAGUGGUGCUCAACCUGUUCCUUGCCUUGCUACUGAGUUCUUUUAGUGCUGACAACCUCUCAGCACCGGAUGAAGAUGGAGAGAUGAACAAUCUGCAGCUCGCUUUUGCUCGGAUCAACAGGGGGCUUCAGUAUGUGAAAAACACAACAUGGGAUUUCUGUUGUAAUUUACUUAGGCAUCCAAGGACGACAGCUGAAAAGAAGGCAAUGAUUAAACUUGCUGCCCAGAACACAGGUGUCCUUCACAACUGUGUGAAUAGCCAUACCACUGCAGAGACUGGUAAAGAUGUGGAGGACCACAAAGAGAACCAAGCCAACGAUGGGACUGACAAAAAUGGGCAGCAACUCCCAGUGAUUAGUGACAAUGAUGAUUUUCUGACCAACCCUGACCUGUCCAUCUUUGUUCCCAUUGCUGUGGGGGAGUCUGAUAUUGAAGAUCAAGAAGAUGAGGAGGAGCAGAGCACAUUCACAGAAAUGGAACAGGAAAAACAGCUGCAACUAAAGGGACAGAAAUGCAAAAGCCCAGGAGUCCGGAGUCAGACCUCUGAGAUUUGUGAAGAGUUAAGUGAGUUGUACGUGGAUAAACAAUUGAAGGCUGAGCUGUCACCACCACCACCACCACCACCACCACUACUAGUAGGGCAAAAAGAGCUUGAUGAAAUCAGUCUCUCUGAAGGGAGCACAGUGGAUUUGGGAAAUUCUGCAGAGCUACUGGAACAGAUCCCUGACUUGGCUGAAGAGUUAAUGGAACCUGAGAACUGUUUUCCAGAAGUCUGUGUCAGAUUCUUCCCUUGCUGUUCAGUGGACACCACAACAUUUGCAGGCAAAAUUUGGUGGAGGCUGAGGAAAACCUGCUACAGAAUAGUUGAACACAACUGGUUUGAAACUUUCAUCAUAUUCAUGAUCCUGCUGAGCAGCGGCACACUGGCAUUUGAAGAUAUUUACCUUGAAGAGAGAAAAAACAUUAAAACCAUGUUGGAAUAUGCUGACAAAAUUUUCACUUACAUCUUUGUCCUGGAGAUGCUUCUGAAAUGGGUGGCUUAUGGCUUCAAGAAAUAUUUCACCAAUGCCUGGUGUUGGCUUGACUUCCUAAUUGUAGAUAUUUCAGUUGUUUGCCUGAUAGCAACAACUCUUGAUUAUGACCAGCUGGGCACUAUCAAAUCUCUCAGAACACUGAGGGCCUUGAGGCCCCUCCGAGCCCUAUCCAGAUUUGAGAGCAUAAGGGUCUCUUUAAUAAGCCUCAUAGCUAACUCACUUGGAUACUCCGAAAUGGGUCCUAUUAAAUCCCUUAGGACUCUCCGAGCUUUGAGACCAUUAAGAGCAUUGUCACGAUUUGAAGGGAUGAGGGUGGUUGUGAAUGCCCUGUUAGGUGCCAUCCCUUCCAUCAUGAACGUUCUGCUCGUCUGCCUCAUUUUCUGGCUCAUUUUUAGCAUCAUGGGAGUGAACCUGUUUGCAGGAAAGUUUGGGAAAUGCAUUAACAAGACAGCAGGAGAUAUGCCUUUAGACUCUAAAGUUAUUAAUAACAUGAGCGAGUGCAUAAUCUAUAACGUGACAGGCAAUUUUUACUGGACAAAAGUUAAAGUCAACUUUGAUAACGUUGGUGCUGGUUACCUGGCUCUUCUACAGGUGGCAACAUUUAAGGGUUGGAUGGACAUUAUGUAUGCAGCAGUAGAUUCACGAGGGUGUGAGGAGCAACCUGAAUGGGAAUGCAAUUUAUACAUGUACCUCUACUUUGUGAUUUUCAUCAUCUUCGGGUCUUUCUUCACAUUGAAUCUCUUCAUAGGUGUCAUUAUUGACAAUUUUAACCAACAAAAGAAAAAGUUAGGUGGGCAAGACAUCUUUAUGACAGAGGAACAGAAAAAGUAUUAUAAUGCAAUGAAAAAACUGGGCUCCAAAAAACCCCAAAAACCCAUCCCAAGGCCACUGAACAAAUACCAAGGUUUUAUCUUUGACAUAGUCUCAAAACAAGCCUUUGAUGUCUCCAUCAUGAUUCUCAUCUGCCUUAACAUGGUCACCAUGAUGGUGGAAACAGAUGACCAGAGUCUAGACAAAGUGAACAUCCUUCAUAAAAUCAACAUGCUCUUUGUUGCCAUCUUCACAGCAGAGUGCAGCAUCAAAAUGUUGGCUCUAAGACACUACUAUUUCACCAAUGGCUGGAACAUAUUUGAUUUUGUUGUUGUGAUUCUAUCCAUUGUGGGUACCGUGCUUUCUGACAUCAUUCAAAAAUAUUUUUUCUCUCCUACACUCUUCAGAGUCAUUCGCUUGGCUCGGAUUGGCCGGGUCCUAAGACUUAUACGGGGAGCCAAAGGAAUUAGAACUCUCCUUUUUGCCUUAAUGAUGUCCCUUCCUGCUCUGUUCAACAUUGGUCUCCUCCUUUUUCUGGUCAUGUUUAUUUAUGCCAUUUUUGGAAUGGCUAAUUUUGCCUAUGUUAAAAAGGAGCAUGGGAUUGAUGACAUGUUCAACUUCCAAACCUUCGCUAACAGCAUGCUCUGUCUUUUCCAAAUUACAACCUCAGCUGGCUGGGAUGGUCUUCUCAAUCCUAUUUUAAACACUGGACCGCCAUAUUGUGAUCCGAACCUAAAAAAUGCAAAUGGUUCAAAGGGAGACUGUGGAAGCCCUGCUGUAGGGAUUCUAUUCUUUGUUACUUAUGUCAUUAUAUCAUUUCUCAUUGUUGUAAACAUGUACAUAGCCAUUAUUUUAGAGAACUUCAGCGUAGCCACUGAGGAAAGUACAGAGCCUCUAAGCGAAGAUGACUUUGAUAUGUUUUAUGAAAUCUGGGAGAAGUUUGAUCCUGAAGCGACUCAAUUUAUUGAGUAUUCUGUGCUUUCAGACUUUGCAGAUGCUCUGGCAGAACCUUUACGCAUAGCAAAACCAAACAAAAUUAAACUCAUAGCCAUGGACCUUCCCAUGGUCAGCGGAGAUAGGAUCCACUGCUUGGAUAUUUUAUUUGCUUUUACCAAACGGGUACUAGGAGAAACUGGGGAAAUGGAUGCCCUUAAAAUACAGAUGGAGGAAAAGUUUAUGGCUGCCAAUCCAUCUAAAAUUUCUUAUGAACCAAUCACAACCACACUCAGACGGAAACAAGAGGAGGUUUCUGCCAUUAUUAUCCAGAGGGCCUACAGGAGUCAUUUGUUUCAACGCUCCUUGAAGCAGGCCUCUUUCUUAUACCGUCACCAGGCUUGUGAUGGCAACAUGCUUGAAGAUGAGGCACCUGAGAAAGAAGGUCUCAUUGCAUUCAUGAUGAAUGAAAAUUAUUGUAGGCCAAUAGACAAAUCAGAAACUGUGUCCUCAACCUCUUUCCCUCCAUCUUAUGACAGUGUCACCAGAGCCACUAGUGACAACCUCCAGUUAAAGGUGACAGACUCUAGCAAAAGUGAUGAACCUUUAGAUUAUCUGAUAUCUCCAGACAGAGAUAAAGAAUCAAUUGUCUAAAUGUUCGUUUAGAAUGCUUUAAAAUAUUGUUUACAGAAUGUAAUGCUGUAACUACACAACAAUUGAAGCAGCCUUCUUAUUAAAUAUUAGUUGCAAAAUAAACAAUGGAGUUUUUACCCUUAACUAUGGGAGUCGAUAAGUUAUAACCUUUGACCCUGCUCUUUUCAACAUUGCUCAAUGUUUCUAUAUGCACAGGAAGAAUCUGUGCAGGGUCAUAGCUGUUAUAUCAGUGAUGUGAUAAUGAAUAUGCUAGACUGUAAAACAGUAAACACAGUGUAUAUCUAUCCACAGAUAAAACCAGGCUGUAAACAUUCAUUUAAGGUCUUACUCAUAUUAGUGUGUUUACUUAUGGCAAUGUAUGACCUUGCAUUCUAAAAAGAAAAAAUAUAUAUCACAGCUGCUGUAGCAAAACGUAACACUUACUGUAUAUGUUGUGAAUGGUCUUUCAUAAAUUUAUUAUAUUUGAUAUUUUUUUACUUAAAUCAAAUAAUUGUCUCUUUUUCCAUGGAGAUAGAUGAUCUUUACACCCGACAUGUUAAACUCUGAACCAAGGUAACAAUAAUUGGUGGGAUUCCCAUCAUUCCCAAAAGAAAGUUGUUGCAACGUAAAAUAUUUAAUCAAGAACAUAUAACUGUUUAUUAUAAUAUGACCUCCCCUUUGGGACAUGUAACUGCUUGUCAUCAGUAAUAAAAAAAAAUUAGGAGGAAGAAAGUGAUGUCAAAUAAUAAAGAGAGAAAUGGCUUGUUCUACCCUACAGGAAAUCAGACAGUAAUGGAUGCUGCUUGUAAAACUAAUAAAAAUACUAAUUUUUUAGUAUGUUUCAAGAA